UAAAUCUUCUGAAGAGAGUGAAGAGCAGGAAGCAAGGGAGGUUUCCACCACCUACACUAGUGCUGGCAGUGCCUGCAGCUCCACCACCCAACUUCUUUCUGCCUCUGGAAAAUCCUUGAUGACUCCUGGGAAGUCGUGACCUUCGCAGCACCACAGGUUCCUGCAGAGCCGUCCUACCAGCUUGAAGAUGAAUACCUGAAGCUCUGCAAGACAGAUUAAAGCACGGGCACCAGCAGUGCACACAAAGAAUCUAUUCCCAAGACCAUGAAAGGAUGCCAAGCCAUUCUGCUUUCAAUUACAUGAGUGUUAUACCUCCUACUCCAAAGACUGCAAGGACAGAUUUGACUUUUGGCUUUUCCUUGCCAUCCUUUUCUGGGGCACUUAGGGUAAGAGCAUGCCAGAUUCAGCCUGCUUGACACUGCUGCAGCCAAGCUGACAUACUGGCACAUCCUGGUUACCAGUGGUAUAAGGUGACCAUUCAGAUGCCUUGACCAGCACACGAGGAGAUUGAAACACAGCAUGCAGUACACAAGCAAAAUGUCCAUCCAAGCAAAACACAAAUCAAGAACUACACACAUCUGGCGAGUGUUGGCCAUCUACGUGAUCUUAGCUGCAAGCCUCUCCAAGCAACAAGCACUGAAGCAGGCUUGUCCUUCAUGCGAUGCCAGUCAGCUUUGCAACUGCUCCUUCAUGGGCUUGGUCUUCAUUCCCCCUGGGGUCAUGGCCAAAAUCACAGUGUUAAACCUGACCCACAACAGGAUAAAGCGCAUCCAAUCUCAGGACCUGCAGCAGGCUGUGAACCUGAGAGCCCUGCUGCUGCAGUCCAACGAAAUCAGCUCCAUAGAUGAGGACUCGUUUUGGUCCCUGGAAAAACUGGAGCUCUUGGACUUAUCGAAUAACAGCUUGGCUCACUUGUCCCCUGUGUGGUUUGGGCAGCUUUUUUCACUCCAGCACCUUCAUCUUCAAGGCAAUUCCUACAGAGACCUGGGGCAGAGCUCUCCCUUUUCUAGCCUGAAGAACCUGAGCUCUCUCCACCUGGGCAACCCACAGUUCUCUGUGAUAAGGCAAGGGAACUUUGAGGGUAUUGAGCUUCUGCACAAGUUGUGGAUUGAUGGUAGCAAUCUCAGUCAGUAUGAGCAGGGAAGUUUGAAAUCAAUUAAGCAGAUAAAUCACAUGAUCCUAAACCUAAGAAAUAGUAAUAUAUUCUCAGAAAUUGUUAGGGACCUUCUGCACUCUGUCACUUGGCUGGAAGUGACAGAAAUCAAAUUACCAGUUGAAAGAAAAAGCUUGGUGCAGAAUUCUACACGUCCUUUUACGAUACAAAAACUUACGUUUAAAGAAGCUUUCUUCACAGAUCAAACUAUUAGCCGAACAAUAGUGUCACUGAAGGAAAUCACCUCUUUAAAAGAGUUAGAGGCAAUCAAUUGUGUUCUUGAGGGGAAGGGAAUAUGGAACACUAAAGAAAUUGCAAGCAGUGGACAAAGUUUUGUUGAAACAGUAACAGUAGUAAAGAUAAUGAUUCAGAAUUUUCAUUUGUUUUUUGACCUGGAAGGUAUGGAGUCACAAAUAAACAAACUAAAAAGACUCACUAUCGCAAGCUCUAAUGUUUUCAUGGUACCAUGCAAACUUGCAAGACAUUUUUCAUCACUUCUGUAUCUGGACUUUCAUGAUAAUUUGCUUGUAAAUAAGCGUUUAGAUGAGACAAUCUGUGAACAUUCCUGGCCUUCAUUGCAAACUUUGAAUUUAAGUCAGAACUCUCUAAAAUCUCUGGAACAGACUGCAAAAUAUAUAUCUCGUCUACCCAAAUUGAAUAAUCUUGACAUUAGCCAAAAUAAUUUUGGUGAGAUUCCAGAUGCAUGUGACUGGCCAAAAUUCCUGAAAUAUUUAAACCUGUCCAGCACUCAAAUUCCUAAAGUAACGACCUGCAUUCCUCGAACACUAGAAGUUUUGGAUGUUAGUGGAAACAACCUGAAGGAGUUUGGACUGCAGCUCCCACUUCUGAAAGAGCUGUACCUCACAAGAAACCAGCUGAAGACCCUGCCGGGUGCCGCACCCAUUCCAAACUUAGUGUCCUUGUCCGUCAGAAGAAACAAGCUGAACAGUUUCUCCAAGGAGGAGUUUGAGUCCUUCAGGAGAAUGAAGCUGCUGGAUGCCAGUGACAACAACUUCAUCUGCUCUUGUGAGUUCCUCUCCUUCAUCCACCACGAAGCUGGGAUAUCCCAAGUGCUGGCGGGGUGGCCGGACAAGUACGUGUGUGACUCUCCACUGGCGGUGAGAGGGGCGCAGGUUGGCGCUGUGCACCUCUCCCUGAUGGAGUGCCACAGGUCCCUGGUGGUGUCGUUGAUCUGCGUCCUGGUGUUCCUGGUCAUCCUGCUGCUGGUGGCCGUCGGCUACAAGUACCACAUGGUCUGGUACCUGCGGAUGACGUGGGCAUGGCUGCAGGCCAAGCGGAAGCCCAAGCGCGCCCCGCCAAAGGACAUCUGCUACGACGCUUUUGUCUCCUACAGCGAGAACGACUCCGACUGGGUGGAGAACACCAUGGUGCGGGAGCUGGAGCAGGCCUGCCCUCCCUUCCGGCUCUGCCUGCACAAGCGGGACUUUGUGCCGGGGAAGUGGAUUGUGGACAACAUCAUUGAUUCCAUUGAGAAGAGCCGCAAAACGCUCUUUGUGCUGUCCGAGCACUUUGUGCAGAGCGAGUGGUGCAAAUACGAGCUGGACUUCUCGCAUUUCCGCCUCUUUGAUGAGAACAACGAUGCGGCGAUUCUCGUCCUCCUGGAGCCCAUCCAGAGCAAAGCGAUUCCCAAGAGGUUCUGCAAGCUGCGGAAGAUCAUGAACACAAAGACCUACCUGGAGUGGCCUGCUGGUGAACAGCAGCAGCAGGUGUUUUGGGAAAACCUGAAAGGUGCCUUAAAGUCAUAGAAGUCAGCAGCCCCCAUUUCAACAUAUUUCCACAAAAGGCUGUAUAUCAACUGUGUCUUACUGUUAAGAAUCUUUACUUUCUUAUUUUUCUUUGUAACUGCAAUUGCCUUUGUUUUAUAUUGUUCUUUCUUAUUUUUCUUUGUAACUGCAACUGCCUUUGUUUUAUAUUGAGAUAGCUAUCAUUUUACCAACUGGAAAAGGCCUGUUUUAGGCUUUCCUGUGAUUUGAUGCUCUUGUCUUUAAAAGUCCCUGCCAAUAACUGUGAUAUUAGGAAACCAUGUUGGACUUGAUAUACUUUUCUAAAUACAUUUUGCUGAGUGCAGGGUAUUUCUCUACUUUUUACUCCUGUUACCACUAUCCCCAACAGGUUUCUAACAAUGCCAUUGUAAUUUUCAAAUGAAAUUAAAAGCCAUGGGCUUCAAUCAAUA